CCUUUAGUUAUGGCCUCUAAAGAUGCAGAAAAUGGUAUAGAUGGUGGUGAUAACAAAUUCAUUGACGUGAAGACAUGGAAAGAUGAGACUGGGAAAACAGUCGCUCAGCACUUGAGGGAGGGCUUUGCUGGGGAUGAAGAAGCAGUUGCCGAUGGCGCGAUCUUGCGGUAUCGAGCUCCUUUCUUACGUGUCAUCAAACAUGAUGCCUACUUUGAUGCUUUUAACAUUGUUGUUGAGAGCAUGCUGAACAGAUUAGCUCCAAUGUGGCUAGCAUACACAUUUGCUGAUGCGUUUGUUAAUGAUCAUGCCGAUGAGUUAACAGCUCACAGGCAAGAUUAUGUCGAAGGAGAAUAUCAACAAUUGGAUGGCGGAACAUGGUGCCGGCAAAUUAUUACCAGCAUGCAUGCCUUUUCCAAAAUGGUAUUGAACGGUGAGAAGCAGUUGAAAGCCCGCCCUAAGGCAUGGGAUCAGUUUCCUAUCUCUUGUGAAUCCGAGAAAGGGCGCAGGCCAAAACAAGAAGACCGGAUGCUAGCUAUGCCAACAUUGAGUUUAGUUUUUCCGGAUGUGGCGAGGUCCGAUGUCGGUUUGAUGGCUGUAUUUGACGGUCAUGGAGGUGCAGAAUGCUCAGCUUAUUCGUGUGCGCAUUUCCCGUCCGAAUUUGUGCGAGCCUUAAAUGUCCAUCCCACUUCAUUGGAAGAGUCACUGAAGGAAGCCUUUGAACGAUUAGACACUCGCUUGUCUGCCCGCUGUGAAAAUGAACGGUGGCGUAGCGGUACGACAGCCGUCGCCGCAGUAAUUGACCCGAAAGAGAUCGUCAUUGCCUGGAUAGGAGACUCAGCAGCUUAUGUGCUGUCAGAACCGGGGGAGCUCUCAAAGGUCACCAAUGCACAUGUUCCAUCUAAUGAGGAGGAAGCAAAGCGAGUUGAGGCCGAUGGUGGACAACUGUUAUAUAUCCAAGGCGAACUUCGUGUCAACGGUGUAUUGAACCUAACUAGAGCUUUGGGCGACAUUGGUGGUCGACCCAUGAUCAGUCCUAAAGCUGAUACGACCGUUAUUGAGCGAGAUGCAUCACAAUAUUUGGUUUUAUUGGCAUGCGAUGGAAUAUCGGAACUGUUUAACGAUUCGGAAGUGUUGGAAAUGAUUAAGUCAUUUGUUGCAAAGCAUAGUUAUGAACAAUAUUAUGAUCUGUCAGAUCAUGUUUGUCGCGCAGCUCUAGCCGGUGGUAGUGUUGACAAUGUGACAUGUGUAGCUGCUUUCCUCCGACCACCGAAAGAUCUCUGGAAACUUCUCGGUGAUGACAGCGACGAUUAAAAGCACAGCAGGGAGUUGAAACUACUUCAUCAAUCAUGUGGAGCUCAUGGUUUUAAAGGAAACAGGUUUUUUAAAUUGUAAUUGUUUUCCUCGCUAGAUUCUUAAUAUCGUCUGCUGACAUCAUUGAAUUUUUCGCCUUUUUUGGUCAGUUACGGAGAAAGUAUAGUUGAUUGCACGGAAUCGCCCGGAAUGAACGCUCGCGUGUGUAUCUCUUGCGGGCUAACAUUGGCAUUCGCGCGCAUGAGUCAUCAUGGUGCCCGUACUCGGCAGCCGCGUUGUGGGUACGCUCGCGUGCUUUCAGCCUACAGUGACCCGGGCGAUUUCGUGCAGUCGACUUUAGUAUGAGUGCAUAGUUAUCUACUUACAAGGGAAUGUUUUACAGCGUUCAGUUUUUGAUCAAGUUGCAUUUUCACUGUACUUACAACGAUUCGAACACGUUGGUUCUAGAGCCUUUAAGGCGCUUUGUUCUUAGGUGUUCGGAUCUUAUUCUGUUGAUAUUUAUUUGGUAUUUUGUGGCAAACCAGUCGUUGAAUAUACUUCAAGUUCAAAUUAAGCACGUAUUAAUGGCAGCACUGCUUCCUUUCAUUUCUCUCUUCACAGCUCUCAAGUGUGCUUAUUGUGCUAUAGCUUUUCAUUCUUAUUUUUGACAUUGUAUAUAUUUUUUCUAAGUUGUUUUCUGACUCGUUGAGAAUAUAUGGAAAGGUUUAGAAUAAAUUAUAAAGAGU